AGCAGCGCGCAUCGCUCGGGCCCCUGCCUGCACCCAGCCGCCAGUUGCCGGUUGCUAAGCAGUUAUUGUUUCUGUGGCGAUUGCAGAGGCUGUGGCUAAUUGGAGAAGCCCCACUGAGCAGCAGCGUCUUCCUCUGUGGAGCCUGUCUCUGCUCUUUGCAUUUAAAGAGCAAACUAGGCUGCUCUUCCCAGCUCCCUCCCCCACCGCCCCCCCAAAACCUGGUGAUUUCGGAAGUAUGGACUAGAAUUGCUCUCCUCACCCUACCAUUGCGACUCUGGUGCCUCCAAAGUCACAGUCAGACUCCUCCUGUCUCUGGGGUGGUGAUUGCCAGGACAGACCAUGACCACCGCCAAGGAACCCAGCGCCUCGGGAAAAUCUGUACAGCAACAGGAUCAGGAGCUGGUGGGGAGUAACCCUCCACAGAGAAACUGGAAAGGCAUCGCGAUCGCACUGCUCGUCAUCCUGGUCAUCUGCUCCUUGAUCGUCACCUCAGUCAUACUGCUGACACCAGCGGAAGAUACUAGUCUGUCUCAAAAGAAGAAGGUGACUGUGGAAGAUCUUUUCAGUGAAGACUUCAAAAUCCAUGACCCGGAGGCCAAGUGGAUAAGCGAUAAAGAAUUCAUCUACAGAGAACGGAAAGGGAGCGUCAUACUGCGGAAUGUUGAAACAAAUAAUUCUACGGUGUUAAUAGAAGGCAAAAAAAUUGAAUCCUUAAGAGCCAUCAGAUAUGAAAUAUCCCCGGAUAAAGAGUAUGCGUUGUUUUCCUAUAAUGUGGAACCGGUAUACCAACACUCCCACACUGGAUAUUACGUCCUGAGCAAAAUUCCUCACGGGGACCCUCAGAGUCUGGACCCACCAGAAGUCAGCAAUGCAAAGCUUCAGUAUGCGGGGUGGGGCCCGAAAGGCCAGCAGCUGAUAUUUAUCUUUGAGAACAACAUCUACUACUGCGCACAUGUUGGGAAGCAGGCAAUCCGAGUGGUCUCUACAGGGAAGGAGGGUGUGGUCUACAACGGCCUCAGUGACUGGCUGUAUGAAGAGGAGAUUUUGAAGAGCCACAUCGCGCACUGGUGGUCACCGGAUGGCACGAGGCUCGCCUAUGCCACCAUCAACGACACUCGGGUUCCUCUUAUGGAACUGCCAACCUACACAGGCUCUGUCUACCCCACCGUGAAGCCCUACCACUAUCCUAAGGCUGGCAGUGAAAACCCCAGCAUCUCCCUCCACGUCAUCGGCUUGAGCGGACCAACCCACGACCUGGAGAUGAUACCACCUGAUGACCCCCGCAUGAGGGAGUAUUACAUCACCAUGGUGAAGUGGGCCACCAGCACCAAGGUUGCUGUGACCUGGCUGAACCGGGCCCAGAACGUGUCCAUCCUGACCCUCUGUGAUGCCACCACAGGUGUCUGCACUAAGAAACACGAGGAUGAAAGCGAAGCUUGGCUCCACAGACAGAAUGAGGAGCCCGUGUUCUCCAAGGAUGGCCGGAAGUUUUUCUUUGUCAGAGCGAUCCCACAAGGGGGACGGGGGAAAUUCUACCAUAUCACCGUGUCGUCAUCCCAGCCCAACAGCAGCAAUGACAACAUCCAGUCCAUCACCUCUGGGGACUGGGAUGUGACCAAGAUCCUGUCCUAUGAUGAGAAGCGGAAUAAGAUCUAUUUCCUGAGCACAGAGGACCUGCCACGGAGACGACAACUUUACAGUGCCAACACAGUGGAUGACUUCAACAGGCAGUGUCUGUCCUGCGACCUAGUAGAGAACUGCACUUAUUUCAGUGCCUCCUUCAGCCACAACAUGGACUUCUUCCUGCUCAAGUGUGAAGGCCCUGGUGUACCCACUGUGACUGUGCACAACACCACGGAUAAGAGAAAAAUUUUUGACUUGGAAGCAAAUGAGCAUGUGCAGAAGGCCAUCAACGACCGGCAGAUGCCUAAGAUUGAGUACCGGAAAAUCGAGGUAGAAGAUUACAACUUGCCAAUGCAGAUCCUGAAGCCGGCCACCUUCACUGACACGGCCCACUACCCCUUAUUGCUGGUGGUGGACGGUACGCCGGGGAGUCAGAGCGUGUCAGAGAGGUUUGAGGUGACCUGGGAAACAGUGUUGGUGAGCAGCCAUGGAGCGGUAGUGGUCAAGUGUGACGGCCGAGGCAGCGGCUUCCAGGGAACCAAGCUCCUGCACGAAGUCCGGAGGCGGCUGGGCUUCCUGGAGGAGAAGGACCAGAUGGAAGCUGUGAGGACCAUGCUGAAGGAACAGUACAUUGACAAGACACGGGUGGCUGUGUUUGGGAAGGAUUAUGGUGGUUACCUGAGCACUUACAUCCUCCCAGCCAAGGGAGAGAAUCAAGGUCAAACUUUCACCUGCGGCUCAGCGCUCUCACCAAUAACAGACUUCAAACUCUAUGCCUCUGCAUUUUCCGAGCGGUACCUUGGCCUCCAUGGACUCGACAACAGAGCGUAUGAGAUGACCAAGCUGGCACACCGUGUGUCGGCCCUGGAGGACCAGCAGUUCCUGAUCAUCCAUGCCACAGCUGAUGAAAAAAUCCACUUCCAGCACACAGCUGAGCUCAUCACGCAGCUGAUCAAGGGGAAGGCUAAUUACAGCUUACAGAUCUACCCAGAUGAAAGCCACUACUUCCACAGCGUGGCUCUCAAGCAACAUCUGUACCGGUCCAUCAUCAGCUUCUUCGUGGAAUGUUUCAGGAUCCAGGACAAGCUACCGACAGCCACAGCAAAGGAAGAGGAGGAGGAGGACUAACCACGCUUGAGACCUAAGCACAGACAUGGCUCUUUCUACAACAAUAUGCAACUGAAGAAUCCUCCCCGCCGCCACCCUCUCUCCAAGGGCGGUGGAAGUGGAGGUGUCGACGUUCCAUAGCAUGUGUCUCAAUUCUGAAGGCCAUUCGGUGGGGGCAACAAGCUCCAGGUGGAAACAAGUCACCACAUAGCCUGGAACAACCCCACCUCAGCAGCAUCGCCUCUUCCUGGCCCCCAAUGACUGGCACAUCCCAUGUCCCUCCCCCAAGGGGACAAAGUGAAGGACAGAUGACAGUGAGGGCACACUUUGAGCCCGAGAAAACCGGCCCUUAAGUUCAAGCUUUCUCUCUGUAACAUUCACGCACUGCGUUCAUGUUCUCAACCGUGAGUCCUGUCUGGCUUCCUGUCUGACAGAGCUGUGCCCUGGCAACAGGACAGCAUGGUUGUCUCCGCAGUGUUCACACAUGCCUGGCCCCUCUCUGUGGUUAAAAGAGCCCCCACUGUCCCUUUCUGCACCCAGAAAACAGAUCUUUUAUGUACAAAGUAAGACUAUAGCUCUGCCCAUGGUUAACCUUGUAGAAUUACUUUGUAUUUUUCUAUGGUUUUAACUGGACACCCCACUGUCUCUGCCCCCCCCCCCCCCGGACUGUCUCACUCUGAGUAUUCUUUCUCUCCUUUUUGUUGCUUUGCUAUGCUUUCCAUGUUGCACUUGUUUGGGUAAAGAGAUCAUUCUGGAACACCUGCUGUCUCUGUUAGACUUGGUGGAGGUUUUGCAGACACCAAGGACACAGAGCACCCAGCAGCCCUCACUAAAAGUUCAUCAGUGAAACCUUCUUUCCCC